AUGCGUACCAGCGGCGCAGCCUUUGCACGCAACCUCGCAUGUGUUCUCGCUCCAGAGGAAUUGAGACCCGAGCCCGUCUCUGUCAAGAUGCGAGAUUUGUCCCUCGCCUGGACCGUUCUAUUCGGGCACGCCUCGACUUUACCCGACAGCCUGGGCAGUCCCUCCCGUGCUUCCGCAUACAUGGAUUAUGCGGCUUGUUAUGCGAGACGAGAGAUGCUAUUGACCAGAGAGGUAUCAAGAUGA